AUGGCCGUUUCCCUGGGUUUUGUUACAUAUCUCUCCCUAUUACUUGCGGGCUUCUAUCUUGCCCGCAAGAUCGCUAGACUCGUCCAAGUGCGACGAUUCAAACAACUACACGGUUGCUUGCCCCCCGCACGAGAGUACCAUAAAGAUCCGGUGCUGGGUCUGGAUGAAGUGCGAUCUAUGCUUCGAGUGUUUCGUGAGGACUGCUUUCUGGAAUGGGCGUUAGAGAAAUAUCGACGUUAUGGGAACACCUUCGCGAGCUCAGUUCUGGGUGACGAUAACAUAUGCACCGUUGAGCCGGAAAACAUCAAAACGAUCCUGGCGGUGAAGUUAAGCAGCGAUGGUAUUUUCGCAUCCGAUGGGCCACAGUGGGAACAUUCGCGGACUCUGCUGAGACCCAGUUUCACUCGGACGCAGAUCGCGGCGACCGAUUUAUAUGAGAGACACAUUCAGAGGCUGAUCAGUCAGAUUCCUCGAGAUGGUUCAACGGUGGACCUUCAGGACCUCUUUUUCAAGCUGACACUUGAUACAGCGACCGAGUUUCUGUUCGGAGAGUCUGUUGAGUCUCUACGCCCUGGAUCUUCCGCAGAAUCGACUAGUUUUGCCUACCACUUCAACGUCGCCCAAGAUGGAAUAGCCUUCAGCGUGGCUAUCGCGCCUUUCGACCGACUGGUUUUCAGACCCCAGCUCAGGGAGUCUGCCAGAGAAGCGAGAGCAUAUGUCGGUAACUUUGUGAAAAAAGCCAUAGAAUACCGACGCUCGCUUGACGCCGAGAAACAUGCGGGCGAUACAACUAACUCACCAUCGCGAUAUGUAUUUCUCCAAGAGCUCGCCAAGGAAACAGACAAUCCUACCGACAUCACCGACCAGGUCUUGAAUAUCCUCCUCGCAGGGAGAGACACGACCGCCAGUCUCCUAAGCAUGGUAUUCUAUCACCUCGCACGGCGUCCCGAUAUCUGGGAAAUCCUGCGGAGCGAGGUGGCGACACUCGACGGGAAAUACCCAUCAUUUGAGGAGCUGAAACAGUUGAAAUACCUCUCCUGGAUCAUUAAUGAGACGUUACGCCUGUACCCCGUGGUCCCAUCCAACAGCCGCACAGCGAACGAAGACACCUUCCUCCCCGUCGGCGGAGGACCAGACGGGAAAUCGCCCGUGUUUGUCGCCAAAGGCCAAAGAGUCGCCUACGACGUAUACGUGAUGCAUCGACGCCAUGAUAUAUUCGGCCCCGACGCAGAGGAGUUCCGGCCGGAACGAUGGGAGACCAUACGACCCGGUUGGGCUUUUGUACCUUUUAACGGGGGCCCUCGCAUUUGCCUCGGACAGCAGUUCGCCCUGACUGAGGCCUCUUACACGAUCGUAAGAAUUGUGCAGUCGUUCAAGGAGAUCACCAAUCGGGACCCGGAGCCGUGGCAGGAACGUCUCGCACUUACAUUGGCAAGUAAGCAUGGAACGAAGGUGGCCAUGGUGCCUGUUUAA